AAACAAUACUAAAUAAAUUUAAAAAUAGUACUUUUGAGUCGGAAAUUUCAGACUAAACAUCUUUGUUUUAAGGGAAUUACAUAAAAGAUUAAGUAAAUUCUUAUGAAUAUUUUUUAAAUAGUUUGAAUUCUGUUUGUUUAAGUUUUACAGAGGAAUAGAUUCUUUUAUAAUUGACGACAGUAAUUAUGAGCAGCAUGCAACAUGAUCUAUCCAUUUAGUGUUUACAUUUUGAAUUGAAACUCACAGAGUUUCUAACGAACAGAAAUAUUACUAGUGAAGCCACUUAGUUUGUGUCAGUCAAGGGUCUAAUCGAUUAUAGUAAUCGUAUUGAUGAGUACCAUUAAGUUAACCAGAUGGUCUGUUAAGAAACAAUUAACUGAGUACAAAACAAAAAUAAGUAUUGACUCGAUGUUAUGCUUUAUGGUGAAUUUACACUAAUUUUAUGUGAAUGCUCUAACCGCUUGACAUUCUAAAACCAUUAGCAUAAAUUAUUCAUCCAAGUUUUUAUCUCCAUUCAGCGUAUAAGCCGGUGAAAAAGAAAGGCAAAACAACUUGUAACAGUUCGCGGGACUAAAAAAACUUAUUGAAAUUAACAGAUUGAGUGGUUUUUCUCAAAUGGUAUAUAUGCGUGAAAAUAUAGCUUCGGUUCUUUAGUUACUGAAAUUCACUCUAUCAUAUGCAAGUUGACACCAUUGAGAAAUUUAUCGUAGAGAAUUGACUAUGUAUAUUUUGUUUUUGAUAAUCACUUUGGACAAUGUCAAAAAAUGAGCUUGAAAAGCAACUAAAAAUCUAUACAACCAUUACAACUGUAUUUGAUGUCUGUCUUAAAAUAAUCAUAACAUGCUUUUCAUCUGAUCCUAUUCCCAAUAUCCAAGAAAUUCGGAUUGUUAAUUGGUCGAUAGGUUUUGUGCUUAUUUCACAGUAACCACUGGUAUAUGUAUUUUAGGUUUUUAAUAUCACAACGUGGAGUGAUGAAUUUUACUCUAAUUGUAUUAUUUCAUUUGCUUACUGAUAAUUAACUUGAAGUGGUUUGCAAGAACAUUUUAUUCAAUCUACACAAAGCAGUUUUAAAUUCAUCAAGAUUUCGAACCUUGUGUUAAAUUACACCAUGAGAGGAGAAACAACUAGCACUAGUCUGUGUUUAGAUAACUGUCCGAUCUCUGAUGAUGAACCAUUGUAUACUGUUGCCAAAGGAGGGGAAUAUUCCGCCCGCUCAGAUUCAACAAUCAGCUGGGGAACAGAAUCGUCGGAAAACUCAAGUCGGAAUUUGUCUAUACGUCCAGCUGUGUAUCCACCUUGGGCAACACAUCUGCCAUUAACUUCUUUCAACAACGCAGAACACGGAGAAUUAAUACGCAAUUCUCAGGAUAAUGAUGAAGAUUUAUCUUCGUCAUAUGGCGAUAUCACUCAGCGCAUAUGUUCUGAUCUCGAAAAACUAUGGCGAAAAGAAUCAGCUUGUAAAGCCUCCGAAUAUGAGAAUAUCACUCCAAGAAAUCAAACAUCACAUAGUUUCAGUAGUAUGGUUACACCUAAGCAGUUGAUUGAUUACUCAAUCCGUCAAGCACCAGGUCUUUCAAGACCAAGCAAUCAACAUUUAGAUCAUUUAAAAAUUAUUAAUGAUGUUCAAACUAAUUUCAGAAAUAGAAUUUGGUUUACUGCACGUCUACUUGUGUUUAAUACGGAUGAUAUAUCUAGUGAAAAACAAUUUCGACAGACAAGCGAUAUGGAUUGGACCAAUUCAAUAUCUUCAUUUGCUUUACGUAAAUUCAUUGGAAUAGCCUUUCCAAAUGAUUCUACGUGGGCAUUAUAUGAAGAUCAUAAAGUAGGAGUUAGUUCCAAACCAUUACCAUUUCUACGUCGAUCAUUGUAUCACUGUGUAUGGGGAGCAAGAAAUGGGCAGGUGUAUUUACCAGAAAUUGAUUUUUUCCCUGGAGCAAUAUUAUUUGUUCGCUAUUCAGAUAAUCAUAAUCCACCCAAUCCAUUAAAACAAUUUUUGCACCACACUGGAAAUGUACUUCGUAUUCUUAUCACUGGAGUAGAUCGAUUAAGUAAACGUAAUGCAAUUGAAUCAGAGUUAUCACGCCAGAAGGUGCCCAAAGAACAGUGGUUUUCUGUAAUGGCAAAACUUCAUGUCGCACGUUUAUUAAUCAGGCCGAGAUAUAUGAUGGAGUUGUUUAAACUACAAUGUUUAUGGCGUCAAGAUUUAAGGAAACGUAAUAGUCCAAUUGAAGCCUACUUAAAUCUACAUUUAUACUACCGAAAUUCUAUAAAAAGUAACAAACAACUGAUGGGCGGUGCUACAACUAAAAAUAACAAUAAUCUUUCAAAAGAAGACGAAUUGAAUAUAAAGAAACAGUUAACACGUAAAAUAUUCGAGGAUGGCUUAAUAUGGUUUAGACUUCCAGAACUAGACAAAACGGAGAACUUAGAUUUACUAUGGAAUGCGUUAGAGGCUCAUUCAGGUUAUAAUGGAAUUAUGAAUUUCGCAGACUACAUUUCACUUGUUUUCGGAGAAUUACCUGAGUUUCAUCGUACACUAGUUAAGAAAGUAUUUUUAAAAAUGGAUCCAAAUCGACUUGGUCAUAUCCAAUUACUGGAUAUUAAACGAUUUUUCAAUACUCCUAGAUGGGCUGUGAAUCAACUGGGUACUAAUAUAGCUCAUUCACUACCGGAUAUUUUGAAAGUUUUCGAAAAAUUCGUUCAUGUUCAAAAACGCCUAGAGUAUACAGAAUUCGAAGUAUAUUAUCAAGCUGUUUCGACUACUUUAGGAGAAUGUCCUGUUGAUCAGUUGAGAUCAGAUGCAGCAUAUAUGGAUUUAUGUUCAUUAUUUCCAUCAAGUGAGUGCGCUCAAAAUUAUUUUCUAGGUGAAAACAUAAAUGAUUCCUGUGAUACAUUUAUAAAAUUAAUACAAGAUACAUGGUGCAUUUGAUUGUCCAUGUCCUGAUAAUGAUGAUCAUGAUAAACGUAAAGAAUAUAUCAGACAAACUUGCCUCCACAUUUUUUAUAUUUAAACAUGCCAGUUGCCACCAACUGUUCGAUAUAAUGUUGUGUUUUUAUUCACAUAAUUUGUUUUUAUAUCUUUUUAUAAAGUUAUGAUUUUGAUAUGUUCGUAAUAAAUUUGGGAUUUUGG